AUGACGAAUCCUUGGCAAUGCAGGGCGACGUUCUCUUUUGCAACUUUGGUUCUUAUCAUUUUCUAUUCUUUUGUCACCCUCACCCUCACCCUCACUUCCGCCGUCCAUGUUUCUUACGACGGGAGAGCCAUCACAAUAGAUGGCCAACGCCGAGUCCUCAUUUCCGGUUCCAUUCACUACCCACGUAGUACUGCUGAGAUGUGGCCGGAUUUAAUUAAAAAAGCAAAGGACGGAGGACUAGACGCGAUUGAGACUUAUGUUUUUUGGAAUGCCCACGAGCCAAUUCGCCGCCAAUAUGAUUUCAGCGGAAAUCAUGAUAUUAUUAAGUUUCUCAAAGACAUUCAAGACGCAGGGCUCUACGCGUUCUACGUAUAGGACCAUAUGUUUGUGCCGAGUGGAAUUAUGGUGUGGUUGCACAAUCUUCCAGGCGUGGAGCUUCGAACAGCGAAUGAUGUGUACAUGAAUGAGAUGCAAAUUUUCACGACCUUGAUAGUGAACAUGAUUGAGAAUGAGUAUGGAAAUGUGAUCCAAUCAUACGGAGACGUCGGAAAACUA